UGCCACGAGGGUGGGGGGCGGAAAAGGGAGCAAGUGAGCUGUGUGUUCUGCUGGCGUAUCAGAGACGCCAAGCUACGCUGCCUCACCUGUGGUCACAUCAUGGCGAAUAGAGUCUGCUUCUAAUGGCCAUUGACAGAGCUGUUUGUCUUUUUCAGCCUUCCAAUGAAAUGUGGCUCGAAGCGAAGUUGAACCCCGCACGGUCCAGCCAGUGUCUGUACAGCGUGUGGUACCCGCGGCACGGGAGCUGUGCAAUCUGGAAUCGUACCCAAGCCUACUAACACUUUCGAAUGAGGAAGGCCAUUUAAACUGCAGUACCCUUUUCAAACCUCCAACCCUGUCAGCGACCAUGUCCAGCCACACACUUUCGCAUCGCUUUUCUGUCAUUCGACAGCUUGGCAAAGGCACGUUCGGUAAAGUUUUUCUUGUCACUGAUGCCGUGUCUGGAGCAACGAGAGCGCUCAAAAGAACUCAAAAAUGGAGGAAGAAGGAAUCACGAGAGGUACUCUGCCUGGAGAUUGGCAAAGAGUCGCCGAAUCUUAUAAGCGCCGAAGAGGUUUUCUACAGUUAUACUCCCUCCGGAUUCAUGGUCCAGAAUAUCCUGAUGGAGAACGCUGGGUACACACUGCACCGAUACGUCGCUUCCCAUCUCGCUCUUCGACAAAAGGAUCAGACACACAACAUUGAAGCAUCUACCGCCAUCAGCAUUGCCAAGCAAGUAUGUAACGGGCUGUUCGCUCUCCAUCGGCGGGCGGUGGCUCAUAGGGACUUGAAACCGGAGAAUGUACUUAUCAAAGACUAUGGUGGUCAGAUUCUAGCAAGAAUUUGUGAUUUCGGCUCGAGCAAAGCACUAACCAACCAGGGAUGCCCAUCAAUGCCCUACAUAUGCUCACAGUGGUAUCGGGCACCGGAGUUGCUUCUGGGUUCGACUAACUACACCGUCGCCGUGGAUUUGUGGUCCCUGGGCUGCGUCCUUGCAGAACUCAUCCUGUUGAGACCACUAUUAGAAUGCGAGCCCCAUAACCAGAAGCACGGGAUGCAAGAGCAGAAACCCAUUAGAUGCCUGGGAGAACCCUUCCAGAUUCUUAAGAUUUCCGAACUUCUUGGUGCACCCACAAGGGUUGAUACGGAAUCGCUUUGUACAGGUUGCCCCGAGCGUGCGAAGGCUCUUGCCUCUUCAAUUUUCAAGCAGAUGGUAGGGCUGGCACCACUUCCACUUCAUGACUUGCUUUUGUCUGUCAUUGGGAUUGAGGGCAAGCCACUAGUUGAUGUGGUAUGUCAGCUUCUCAGGUGGAAUCCCAGGGAGCGGAUACCUGUAAAAACAAUUCUCGACGGACACUACUUGGAUUAGAGUGUUUGUUUUUGCUUUAUAAAAAUUUUUUAUCCCUGCUUCUCAAUUGCCAUGACAUUAUAAACAUCUUGAACAUGGGUAGGAGUCGCUUCGAUAUCUACACAGUGACCACGAGAUGGUAGUUAAUGGCCGUGUAUAUGCGAUGAUCAAAUCAAAACAGCUUCUUGUCGAACUCUUGAACCUAACUCAAAAAUCAGACAAAAUUCUGUCGCGAAAAGUAGACACGACAGCGUCGCUGCGUACCAAACCUUUACGGCGUCGUUGUCUCGGGAAUCUGAGGUACCGUGGGUGUGCGAUCACAUCAAUAGAACACCCGUAACACAGAUGCACUCCCAUAAAGCUGCUUUUGAUCGAAUCUCUAGUCAUUUAGGCCGACGAAGAACAGGUGGCUUCAACGCUACGACUCCAAGGUGUUUGCCUCGGCACCACACGGAGUGUUGCCGUCGGAUCCGUAAGAAGUUUCGGAUGACGAAUUAUAUCGGCACACCAUCCUGCGGGAGUUCUCGCGCGACAUUCUGUAGUAGAGACGGGCAGCAGAGCACAAAGCAAAGCACUGACAUCGACAGCAGUACGAGCAACGGCAGCGUGAUUCGUUCUCUUCGUGUUCUCAAUGGCCAAUGCCUGAACAAUAGCUGAUCGGAGAGAUGCGCGCACGACCUACACUUCAGUCGUUUCCGCGUCCUGCGUAAACAGAAUGGGCCCAGCUUCCUUGCGUGUUGCACCCGGUGGCAACGAUCCCCAAUUCAACGUAUCUGUUCCUGAAGAAAUAAGACAAGAAGACUUGAGGAGAGUAAAAUCACAUCGCUUCCUCUGAAACGAAGCGGACGAAAGGGACUCCUACUGUGCUACACCGCCGACGACAGCAGCUUAGCGACGAGGAAGCAGGUGGCUCAGCAAGCGUUGACCUUGAUUACUCAGUUCAGUUCAUUCUAUAAAAGCAUCAACGGUGCACCGACGAGAAGCUGAUGUUUCACCGGAAAGCGACGUGGAGGAAAACUUUCCAAAUCACGCGAGAACCAGAGCUACGUAGUGCUCUCUCUCUCACCUUCCGAACGGUGUUUUCGCUGAGAGGCGACCUCUUCCGUAUCAGCGAGUGGCGCAGCCGGACGUGCAGCAGCAAUACCCGUCCAUUUCUUCCCCGAUGUCAGGCCUUUGGCUAAAAAGCCGGCUCCCCAAGGACGGCGGGUUGGAUACGGAUCCGUGCUCUCUAUUGCAGUGACCGACUGACUUCCGAUAGUGUGAUUAACUCCUCUUUCAACUUCGACACUAUUCUUUCCGCACUGCCUGCCCGUUGUCUCGGGCCAUUUGAUAACGCUCUGCGAGAUAGUUGGGGCAGCUUGAACGCUUUCAACACCAGCUAGCCUCCGAACUGCUGAAGCAGUGAACGUUCGCACUUGUGUUCGAGGGCCCAGAGGACGUAGCGGCACAACAACCUGGUCAGCCACCAUUUGCUUCCAACGUAGAAGAUUUCGCUCCAUCUGCUCGCUGACCUCAGUCCU